AUGGCAAAUAACAGCAACGCAUUCCCUGCCCUUGAUACCAGUAGUGGUCGCGUUGGAGCCGGAGGCGGUACCGGCAUGUCUCCCACAGGAUCGAACGCCGGCGCAGUCAACGGCAACGGUGCCGGAGUGGCCGCAAACUACAUGUCACCACUUCCCGUCGGACACCAGCAAGAUCUCAAUUUCCUGUACGGCCAGAUUCAAGAGUUGAGUGAGAUUCUUCGGGCGAACAGGGAAAAAGUCAACGUCAUUACACGCACAGCGGAAGAAGUUGCAAAGCGACAGAAUGGGGCUGGAGGCGCUGCGGCCGUUACUGAGGGCGAGAGUGUUCAGGAUGCAGACAAAGCACGAAUUCGCGAACUCGAACGAGACCUAGCCAAGGCGAAUCAUAUAAUCUCCCUCUACAAGCAUGAACAGACAGAGAACACAAACUUGAUCGCCGCGUAUGAAGAUGCAAUGGGCACAGCGACGGAACAGAUUCGCAACUACUGCGGCGACAUCGAAACACGGUUUUUAAUGCAGCGGAAACAUUACAAUCAACUGCUACAACAGGAAAAAGAUGAACACCUGGAAAGUCGGCUAGAUCGGGAUAAAUGGCACGCUCAGGCGUUGAGGCUGUGCGAGAUGAUCAGGACGGCGAACCGCCUUCGUGAAGAUGAGUGGGGAGAGGAAUACGCCAUUAUCUCAGGUCUACAGAGUGAGGUCAGGUGUUUGAGAAGAUGUCUAGGCAUGGAGGCUGAAAAAGCCGAGGAUGAAACCGGCUGGCCAUAUCUCCAGACAGCUCCUUUGAAUGACCAGAGUUGA